AUGGAAACUUCAGUAUCACAGACCUCGACUGUCCAUGAGCGUGAUGCCAGUACGUCGCAAUCGGACACGCCACUUCGCGACCCGUCUCACCGAACCAUCGUCACAACUGCUAUCCCCUCCAUCACGAACGAAUUUGACUCUCUUCCCGAUGUCGGCUGGUACGGAAGUGCGUAUAUGAUGACGUGUGGAGCUUUCCAGCUCACGUACGGAAAACUCUACACCUUCUUCUCCCCCAAGGCCGUUCUUUUUUUCAGUAUUCUUACCUUUGAGGUUGGGUCUGCCAUUUGCGGAGCUGCUCCAAGCUCGGCCGCACUGAUUGUCGGAAGAGCAUUUGCGGGAGUCGGUGCCGGUGGCAUUCUUGCUGGAUCUGCUACGACUGUCGUGUACUCCGUUCCUCUGAAGAAACGUCCACUUGUUCAAGGUGCGCUAGGCGCGUUCUUCGGGCUUGCAAUUAUCCUUGGCCCUUUGAUUGGUGGUGCAUUCACCACACAUGUGACAUGGCGGUGGUGCUUCUAUAUCAACCUUCCUUUUGGUGGAGCGUGCAUGGCCAUUGUCGCACUGUUCUUGAAGAUUCCCAAGCCGGAGACGGCGAACAUCCCGUUCUCGGAGAAGAUGAAAGGACUAGAUCCCCUGGGCAGUAUAUUACUCGUGCCUGGUCUCGUAUGCUUGGUCCUGGCAUUGCAGUGGGGAGGCGGGAAAUAUGCUUGGAAUAGUGGUCGGAUUAUUGUCUUAUUGACAAUAAUGUCGGCAUUGUUUGUGGCUUUCGUUCUCAGCCAGAUAUUCUUUCCCAAGAGAGCAACGAUUCCUCCUCGUAUCUUCAAGAUUCGCAGCAUCUGGGCGGGAAUGUGGGAGAUGACUUUCAUUGGUGCUGGCAUGUAUGUCUACAUUUACUAUCUUCCAAUUUGGUUCCAAACCGUCAAGGAAGAUUCUGCCGUGACUUCUGGUAUCAAACUACUUCCUUUGAUGCUGGGAUUACUCGUCUCAUCUAUUCUUUACGGAGCCACAGUUGAAGAGACUGGAUACUACGUGCACGCCGGUCUUGUUGGCGCUAUUCUCAUGGUUGUUGGGGCCGGAAUGCUCACCACGCUUGAGGUGGACUCGAGUAGCGGAAUGUGGAUUGGCUAUCAAGUCCUAUUCGGUUUUGGCAUGGGAGCUACUGUUCAAACACCAAAUCUUGCAGCACAGGUGGUGCUACCGGACAAGGAUGUGCCUAUUGCGCUCGCGCUCUGUUUCUUCGCGCAGCUUAUUGGCGGGUCGAUCUCCGUUCCGGCAGCACAGAAUGUGUUGGAUAGUCAACUUAUCAGCAAACUAUCUGGCUUUCCGGGAUUUGAUCUCGGUCUCGUGACCGAUGGUGGAGCUACAGCGCUGAUUGAGGCACUAGGAGAAGAUCAAAAGAGCGCAGUUAUCACAGCAUACAACGAGGCCAUUCGUGAGGCGUUCCGAGUGGGUCUGGUUUUUACCUGUUUGAUUCUUAUCGGGGCAUUCCUACUAGAGAAUAAGAAUACUCGUCGUCCUCCAAAGAAGGAAGGAGAUAAGAAGGAGGAGGAGAAUCAAGCGAAGGGUCCGAUCGAUGAAGGGAAGGCGGUUGAUUCGGCACCGAACAGUCCAGUUGAUCACUGA